GUGUUGCGCCUUCUAUUCACCAUGCCCGAGCCAGCCAAGUCCGCUCCAGCCCCGAAGAAGGGUUCCAAGAAGGCGGUGACCAAGGCGCAGAAGAAGGACGGCAAGAAGCGCAAGCGCAGCCGCAAAGAGAGCUACUCCGUGUACGUGUACAAGGUGCUGAAGCAGGUCCACCCGGACACCGGCAUCUCGUCCAAGGCCAUGGGCAUCAUGAACUCGUUCGUCAACGACAUCUUCGAGCGCAUCGCGGGCGAGGCGUCGCGCCUGGCGCACUACAACAAGCGCUCGACCAUCACUUCCCGGGAGAUCCAGACGGCCGUGCGCCUGCUGUUGCCCGGGGAGCUGGCCAAGCACGCUGUGUCCGAGGGCACCAAGGCCGUCACCAAGUACACCAGCUCCAAGUGAUUCAUUGGCUGUAUA